AAAACGAUUUCUAGGUAUUUUAGCGCUCUAUAUAAAGUAGUCCAUCUACUCCCACAACAACAUUCACAUUUCACACUAACCAGUAACCCCCAAAUUCACCUGAACAAAACCUUCUCUCUUAUCAAUGGCCGCCGCCGCACCUCCGCCGUCGCCGACGCCCGCUCCAGCUGUCAUCCGUGAGGACUUAGUUCCUACUGGCCACCAGGUCUUCUCCCGAAUCCGCCUCGCCACCAACGCCGACGUUCCCCAUAUCCACAAACUCAUCCACCAGAUGGCCGUCUUCGAGCGGCUCACCCACCUCUUCUCCGCCACAGAAUCUUCUCUCUCCGCCACUCUCUUCCCUGAGAACUCGCCGCCUCCCUUCACUACUUUCACCGUCUUCCUCCUCGAAGUUUCCCAAAACCCUUUCCUUCCUAUCGACAACCAAAACUGCACCAAUUUCAGCCCCAUACAUAAGACUAUAAAUCUGGAUCUCCCGAUAUCCGACCCGGAAGCUGAGAUGUUUAGAUCAGGCGGAAAUGAUGCAGUGGUUGCUGGGUUUGUGUUGUUUUUCCCGAACUAUUCGUCAUUUUUAGCAAAACCUGGGUUCUAUAUAGAGGAUAUAUUUGUGAGGGAGUGUUACAGGAGAAAGGGUUUUGGGAGGUUGUUAUUGUCUGCUGUGGCAGCUCAGGCGGCUAAGAUGGGGUACGGAAGAGUGGAGUGGGUGGUUCUAGACUGGAAUGUGAAUGCGAUCAGGUUUUAUGAGGAAAUGGGAGCUCAAAUCUUGCAGGAAUGGAGGGUUUGUAGGUUGACUGGUGGGGCCCUUGAAGCUUUUGCCAAUGUCAACAUUUGAGUCUUUAAUUUUCCACUGUUAUGUGUGAUGUAAUGGUGGUAUGGAAUUCCACUUUUUUAACAGUGAUUUUAAGUAGCAAUCUAAUCAAGAUAUUUCACCUACUUAUGGGAUUUGUUUUUUUGUUGUUCAUUUUCCUUUAAUUUCCUUCUCCUAAUUGCUUUCAGCUGCAGUGUAUUGUAUGUAUUGUGAAUUCUGUGUUUGGAGCAUUAUGGAAAUUUGUGGUUA